AUGAAUGAAGUCAAUCCUCCGCAGUUCAUUCCUCCCGAGGGGCGCGAUGCUGCCACUGGGGCGGUCUCGCUGCCUUUCGAGGCUAGAGGGAUGACCGCGUACUCCUCGUGCCUACGGGGAUGCUGCUGGUCAUCGAGGGAUCUCUACCCUUUUGGGCCAGAACGGCUCGAGGAAACGUCGGUUCGAAGGACAGCGCAGGUGCCUGAGUCGCUGAGAGCGUUGGGAAUCGAUCAGCACGAGUACGGAGCGAUGCUCGAGGACGCCAAAUCGGGGUUGGCGAACGCGGCUCCUCCGAUUGGCCUCUGUUGCGCUGGCGCGUGCAUAUUCACCUUUGUGCUUGCCCCGUUCUCAAUGUGCUACUUGCUCCACCUGUCGUCUCCCAGCCUCAGUGAUAAACUGAUCGAACGCGGUGCGAACAGAGUCGAGAAGGCGAUAUCGGCGCGUGCAUCUAGAUGGCGGGCUGUGUACGGCGUGGAGACGAAGCUCGUCCGUGACGUCCGGUACAAGAGGCCGAGGAUGCCCGCUGGCGAUAUACUCUUGUCCAGAGCAGAAGCGAGGUCGCCACACAUGUCACCUCACGACGGGUGUUGGGAGUCAAGCGAGUGGGUAGGUAGCGCGUUGACGUUUACCCCGCCGUCGGCAGCUAGCAUGCAACGCGGGAGUUAGUGA